AUGGCUGAUCUUGAUAAUAUUCAAUUUGAGAAUGAACAAACAAUUCAUCAGAAUUCUACAAUUAAAAGUAAUCUUAAAAAAAAAUUUUCUAAUCUAGAUAAUAAAACUGGAAGAAAAUUACAUGAAAUUCAUAAAAAAUUUUAUGUAAAUUUAGAAGAAACAAAACUUAUUUUAAAAAAUAAUCAAGUAGAAGUAUCAGAAACUGCUGAAACAUUAUUUCAAAAAGAAAUUAAUAAAAAAAGAAGAAAAUAUAAAAGAAUUAUCUUAGAAAAUGUUGUUAUCGAAGAUGAUUUAUUUAAUCUGUUUAUCACAGGAUUAGAGGCAGAAAAUAUUAUUAUUCAAAAAUAA